AUGCCAAAUUGGAAGGAACUGGGUGAGGUGCCGGACUCGGACGAAGACGACUUCGAUGGUCCCAGCCCUCCGCAAAGUCCGAUAGCUAGUCUUCUUCCAGCUCCGCCGCCGCCGAUUGCGUCGCCACUCACCGAUAUCUGGAGUAUUCCUAGCUCGCCAGCAAGACAGCUUCCUGAGCCAUGUCACCAGGCGACACCCACGUCUACUACCGUCCCGCAGGGCACAAAGACUACCACCUCGCCGUCAUGCUCCUCUCCGCUGUCACCUCCGCCACCCGAUGUGGCAUCUAUCACUCCGUCACCUGAGCCAGAGCCUAGUCGACAGACCAUCCGGGAAAGCCUUCAGAUAACGCUCCCAGCACCCCCGGUGCCAUCAUACACUUUGACUGGAGCCCAAGACCCGUUGGACUCUGAGCCCAUCUCCCACUUGACCUCUCACAGUAACGACGUCUCGCCUUCGCGCCAGGCAGCUGUUCGCCUCGAACGUUCUUUGCGGCCGCGGAAGCCCAUUCAGGAACAUCCAUAUCUACUCGAGGGGGCCCAGUAUACCCGGGUUAUGAAGGCCCAUGGCUUCAAACCCUUGCGUGUUGUCACAGGGCAAGCCGAGACUUUACGGCGGCGAACGGCCAAUGACGACUCCCAGGACAAUGAUUUUUCUGCAGAUGACAGUCAGUCGAUAUCUGGGGAUCUUCAGGAGCAUGAAAGCCCGCCGCUCGAUGCCGCAUCUGUAGUCGAAGAACGGGAUGAGCUUGCGUUAUCGCCCUCUCCCAGGGCAUCCUCCCAAGUGCGAGCUAUUUCUAGUGGUCAGCCUAGCCCUGGGCAAGACACAGCGGCUACGAGCCCGGUAGAGGAUGAUCUACCCUCAAUAGAUGAGCUUCUUCGCCAAAGUAGAAAGACACGCGGAAAAAAGCAGUCUAAAAGGCCCGGCUCUACGAGCACCUCAUCCAGCGCAAAACGAAGGAGGGUAGAUGGAUCCGCCCGCAAAGAUUCUAUAUCUAGGCCGCGGUUCAAGCCACCCCCCGUCGUCGAUUUGGAGGCUUCUCCGCUAGCUGGACAAGAGAUUCGACAUCGGUCUCGCAACCUCCAGGUGCCUGAUGAUACCGAUACAAGGAGCCCCACAAAGCUGUCUAUGCAGACCUCCUUUCCUUCAACCAAACCUUUGGAGAAUGAUGAUGCACCAGCCGUCAUUAGUAUCUCAGAUGAUGAAGCUCAGGCUGAGGGAUCAGAUUCUCCCGACUCGUCGGGCACAGACAGUGAUUCAGAUGCCAUGCAGAGGCACGUUAGGAGAAUUCGAGGUGUGCUUCCGGCAUCUUGGCUUCGACUUGAUCAGCUCAAGGCUCAAAAAACAAAAGACAGAAUCUCGCGUCGCCAGAGCCCUCCUUUAUCACCCAGGCAAUUGCCCAGAAAAGGGGUGGCUCUACCCAAACAGCGGCCUCAGCAACCCACAUCCACAAAUGCUCUCUUUGACUUUUUAUCUAAUGACGAUGAUGACGACCACGAUAAACGCACAAAUAAUGAUAUUUCACUGAGAAGGGACCCUAAUAUGGUGUCUCCUCCGAAGACCACGAAGAAUCCGGAUCUGUUUCAACAGUUGUUUUUCGACGACGGUGAUAUUCCGGAGGAGGAUGUCAUCGACAGAAUGGUGACUGGGACCAAGAGGAAGAGGAAUGACUCGAGCGAACCUAAGAAUCGUACCUACCGGAAGGAUAAAACAGGACCAAGAAAUCCAAGGCAGCAGAAGAUAACCACCUUGCUUGAUUCUGGAUCCGGCGGAGAUGGCGACAUACAUUCGAAGAAAGUCACCAAGUCGAGUCGUUCAUCCAAAACCAAGACUUCUCGCCGAUCUAGGACCACAAAGGGGCACCCGACUCCACCACCCAUGCUGAGUGUUCUCGAUGUGGUUGAAGCAGACGCACCCCAGUUCCUCAGGAUUGCUGCGCGGGCCGCAAGGAGAGCGCCCAACCGUGGAAAGACGAGCCCCUCUCACAAGCAGAUCAACCUUGGCAGCCGCCCAGACAACAUUGAUGCACUCUCUGUAUUGCGGGAUUGGAAGAGCGGGAGGAUUCGACCAAGAGUAGCACAUGAGCCCAUGGAAAAGACAGAAACUAGAUCAUCAAAAGCAACACCGUCAAGACUUCCCCUCACGCAACGUUCUACAAAUCCAUCCCGUGCUUCGGCGCACCUCAAGCGAGCCACAAGCCUAGGGGACACGAAACGAAGAACGAAGCAAACGCGACUGGAUGUGUCUGUUUCAUCGAUGACAAUUCCUAGCACGGCCCCUAUACUGCGAGGGUUUCCGAAACACCUAAAGUCAAAUUCAGGAAUAGGCCGUUCUGAUGCUCUGGCUGCGAGGCCCGCACAGUUGGAGACCACCGAAGUGAACCGGUCUGGGAAGUUUGGUUUCCUGGCUCGAAAGAGAAAUCUGGAUGCAUCGUAUCGUCGAAAUAAGUCCUCGCUCGGCCCCGCAGCUGCUCGUUUGGAUCGGUUCAUCAACAGCCCUGUGAACCAGGAUAUGAUAUCAACAACCACCAUCGCCACUUUAACGGAACCCACCAAAGAGUUGCAGCCGUCACUUCCUCGCCGCCCCAGGCUACGUAAACAAACAAAGGCACGCUUUGUUGACAUAACAGCACCUCAAUUUGUACACGCUGCAGACCCUCUACCACCAGCUUCAGAUGAUGCCUUGGUCCACGAGGAAAACUUAGGAGAGUCAAGUGAUGAGAAGUUGCAGGGUCUUGGACCUUUUGGCACACACUACACUCAUCAUUUCGAAGUUUUUCCCCUUGAUGCAAAUGUCUACUUUCACGAAAGUACUUUCAUCGGCAUGGGAAGGCUCAGUAAACUCCAUGAAAAACAUUUAAUGGAUAAGUCUUGUCAUUCGCGGCCGAGGAUAUCCUUCCAGCUUGGGGACAAGACUCUUCGAUGGGGUCCAUGGGACGAGGUCACAUCAUCCGAACUCGGUGUUCUUGUUGACUUCGUUGUCGACAACAUUACACAAGCAGAGAGUACACUCAACCUUGAAGCCGUUGCGGCUUCCGAUUUUCUGUUGAAUUUCGUGGAGACGGCUGUCAGUUUUGAAAAAAGUACCGAUAUGAGCUCGUUCAUGUCAAGGACCCUAGACGUGUUACGUAGCUUCAGCGAUCGGGUUGAAGCCGCGCUCAAUGGCCGAGCUCGAGUAGGCUCGUCUGGGCUGUUUCGAACCUUGUUACAAGUAUUGCCAAGAAUUCUUUUGGUCAACCUCCUGUCUACUCGCUUGUGUCAACAGUCAAGUGUUCUCUCAGACCAGGGCUUUCAGGCACAGGAACUUUUGAGAAGAUUGGCCAAGGUUAGCUGUAGAACUUUAGUGUCGCUUGGUCUAGGACCUGUGGAGGAAACAUACGCUGAUCUACAGCAACUCCGUCAUCGGGAGCAUGGCAUCAAAUCAGACAGAGGUGAGGUAGUUCUCUGGGUAGUUUUGAUGAAAAUUCUGCAAGCUGCUGGGCUACCGCGAGGUAGUUUCUGGGAUAUCUUGGGCUCUGUUAUCCUCACCUCGGAGCUCACCGGCACCUCGGACGUCAAAAAGCUGGAGUACGGAUGGAAGCAUGUGUUUACUCUUCUUCCUCUGGCUGAGUUUAACGAUAUGGGUACCCUCGAUGCCGGAUCCCGUCUCCGCUCGCCUUUGGAUGGGUGGGCAAUCCCGCAGGCACUCUUAAAGCGUACUUUUCAUAUUUACCAGAAGAACCCUCGACAGCCACCCAGCUUCAAUGACUAUUGCAGAUCCCUGAUGGGGAGAUGUCACUACCUGAUCGACCAAUGGGGCUGGGGAAAGUGUACAGGAAUGAUUGGCCUAGUCUUUGAUUUCUUCGGCUCGCAGAAUCUGUCCCAUCUGAGGAACGAGGAGGUUUACAAAUCGCCCUUCUUCCUCGAACAGCUAUCUGGUAAACCCGAUAUCUCAAUCCACGCUGAAGAUCGCUGUUUUCAUAUAUUUGUCAAGAUCGUCGCCAUGGUUAUCAAGCGUCUUCGAGCUUCAGGUCUCGUGAGGGACAUCAAGAACCUGGUGACUAGAAUUGUCCCCAACCACAGUCGACAAUUCCUCAAGGAGCAGACAAUAAAUCAACAUGAACUUGCGGCAUUGCGGAACCAUCAUGAUCUCUUGUGUGCGCUGUUCUGGGCAGCGCCUCCCGACCUUCGCCCCGGGAUUCACCUGAUCGAGAAAUUGGUUGUCCCUGGCAGCUCGCACAGAGAAGCUGUUUUGAUAAACUUGAGAGCGUGGUCACAACUAUCUCGCUUUGUUGUCUCAUCCAAUGAGGGGGCCUCGGUGUUCAGGCCUUUUAUCUCAUGGCAAAACAAUAUUUUUCGACAGACACUAGACCAGUACCUUACCGCAGAAACCGACAUCCAACAACAGCUCCUGGCCUUGUCCAAAGAUGCUAGCAACGACAUUGACCGAGAUAUGGUCGGGAAGAUGAUUGAGAAGAACAAAGCUGCUGCCAUGGACAUUCUUUACUGCUCUGUUCAGGCAUCCUUGGAGGUACUCAAAGUGGCCCCCUCCCUCACCGCGGCCACCAACUCCUUGAAUACAAAGCAACUCUCGCAGGUUUUUAGCAAGCUCGAUGUAUCUUGCGCGGGGUUCGACUGGCAAACCUUACUUGUUGCGCUUGACAUUGUCGGCCGGUAUUUAGACCGGAUUGAUGAUGCCUUGGAUUAUCAAGACUCUUGUAACUCUGAGACUGCCGAGGAUCAGAAUGCAUCUGAUGAGGCUAUACAGUUGGUCGACGAUCAAAUCGUGGAGGCCUUAUUCUCCGUUGCGAAUCAAGUGUUGAAUGUCUUGGAGACAAGAAUAUCUGAGCGGAUUGGAUCCAAGGAGAGCUUGUGUGCCGAGAAGGCAAUCGUCCUUUCUGGGAGAAUUGCCAGCAGACUUCUCCAAGUUGGGGUUACGCGCCUGUCGAGGUUUUUCUCACCAGGGAAAUACAGUCUCUUCCAAAGGAUGCCGCAGGAUAUUUCGCUUGUAAGACGAAGAUAUCUGCCGUUAUUCACCGCAACCCUCGUGAGAAAUGCAACGGUUGACUUCAAGGACCUCAACACGACUCCGGAUGAGAUGUGGCUCCUUUGCCUGACCAGCCCAAGGUCAACAUUUGAGCAUGUAUCCAAUCUUGGGGAUUGUCUACGACGCCACAGUGCCACUUCGGUGGGCGAUGCUGCCUUUACAUCUAGAACCGCCCUCGACUAUAACUUAGCACGCGACCUUUUUGCCGCUGCUGUAUCAUCGCAGAGAAAAGCUUUGAGGGGGGACCAGAGCAGUCUUCGGCGGCGGAGAAAGGAUGACCUCGCAAAAGCACUCAAAGCUGUCAUGGAGCAGAUGAAACGAGACUUGGCAACUGUUAAACCUAACCGUACCGCCCAUCUACAACAUGUCGAUUUUGUCCGCGAAAUAAUCAGCCUGGUCAAGUCGUACGGGGUUGAUGUCUGUCCGGUUGACCCUUUUUUCUAUCGCAUCAGCGCCGAUUAUUCCCCAUCACUCGAAGAUCCCCAACUCCACCUGGCCGGUAUCUUGGCUUAUGGGAUCAGAUUUCAAGAAGGUGAUACCAAAGCUUACUCGCAGCUUUUCUACUACCUUUACAACAACUGCAAGGUUGCAGUCGUCAACAACAAGAUCGGAAACGAACUCGACAUUUUGCAAAGAUGUAUGGAAAAUACUCACAUCUUUGAUUUUAUGUUGAGCUGCAUGUUGCCCACAGUCGUGCGAGCAACCCUUAAGAUACAUGAGGCUUGGCCUCUUCUCCAAAUGUACUCUGGUGCUCUCAGGCAGCUUCUUGAGCGGUCAUGUUUGCCACUAGAGAUACAAGAAACUCAAGCUGAUGCUGUGGUCGCGUUCCUGAGUACGAUUCUGUUGGCGAUCAGGACACUCAAGGCUGAAGCUGGUAUUGGUGCAUUAUCUACAAAGAGGCUCUUUUUACUAGUGGAACUGUUGGGCGUAGCCAAUGCCCUCCAACCGACACUCGUUGUCUGGUCCAUGAUAAGCGACGGUACUACCCUACAGGAUGUCGCCACAGUCACUGCGGCAUUUUCAUCCCUUUGCGAUUCCGCAUCUGCCUCCCUGACACGUCUGGAACGAGAAGACUCUGCAGUUGAUAAAGCUUCCAGCACGGCCAGCGCCAGUGUUUUGCUGGACGGAAUCCGUGAAAUAGACGAGCAAGAUAUUAUGAGGCUUUCGAGAGUUGUCAACGCAAACACCGAGAGCCUCUCGACGCAUGUUUGCACCGACGUGAAGAGGAGCUGGAUAGUUACAGAUAGGAGAGUCUGCGUACGAGCACCUGGUAACACUGCGUCGCAAGCAUCAGCUUCGCAGGGACUUCAGGGGCUCAGCUUUGAGCCAUUGGAUAUGCAAGAGUUAUACAAGCAGUUGAGCAGUCAAGUUUUGUUGUGGAAGUCGAGGGCUGUUCCAAAUGCAAAGGAUACAGGAGGACGACGGUUUAAAACCAAAAAGAAUGCCUUUGAUUAA